AUGCGGGGCACUUUGGGCGCAUUCAUUCAGUCCUGUCUGUUGCUGCUGGUCCGAGCAGACCAGUGGAGGUUGAAGGACUCCGCCAACUGCGAGUUAAACAGGAAACAAACUGAUCUAAACUCCUUCCUGUGGACGAUCAAACGGGAUCCUCCCUCAUAUUUCUAUGGUACAAUCCACGUUCCCUACACACGUGUUUGGGACUUCAUUCCUGAAAACUCCAAGCAGGCCUUCCAGGAGAGUAACAUUGUCUACUUUGAGCUGGACCUGACCGACCCUUACACCAUCUCAGCCCUGACCAGCUGUCAGCUGCUUCCCCAGGGUGAAAACCUGCAGGACGUCCUACCCAGAGACAUCUAUCGGAGACUUAAAAGGCACCUUGAGUAUGUAAAACUCAUGAUGCCUUCGUGGAUGACGCCAGAUCAGAGAGGGAAGGGACUCUACGCAGACUAUCUCUUCAAUGCCAUCGCUGGGAACUGGGAGAGGAAGCGACCAGUUUGGGUAAUGCUGAUGGUGAAUUCAUUAACUGAGGCAGAUAUUAAGACGAGAGGGGUGCCAGUGCUGGACCUGUACCUGGCCCAGGAGGCAGAGAGGAUGAGGAAGAGGACGGGGGCUGUCGAGAAGGUGGAGGAACAGUGCCAUCCACUCAAUGGGCUCAACUUUUCCCAGGUCAUCUUCGCCCUGAACCAGACGUUGUUACAGCAGGAGUCUUUGAGGGCGGGAAGCCUACAGGUUCCGUACACCACUGAAGACCUCAUCAGGCACUACAACUGUGGGGAUCUCAACUCCAUCAUCUUUAAUCACGACACCUCACAGGUCCCUAACUUCAACAAUGUGACGCUGCCACCCAGUGAGCAGGUGACCGCCCAGGAAAUAGAUAGCUACUUCCGACAGGAACUCAUCUACAAAAGGAAUGAGAGGAUGGGCAAGAGGGUCAAGGCCCUGCUGGAGGAAAACCCUGACAAGAGCUUCUUCUUCGCCUUCGGAGCAGGUCACUUUCUCGGCAACAAUACAGUCAUUGAUGUGCUCCGUCGCCAGGGAUACGAGGUGGAGCACACCCCUGCUGGGCAGCCCAUAAACAGGAGAUCAUCAUCUAGACCAGAGUCUGAGGACCACUAUGAUGAGUCCCCUCUCCUGGAGCCUUUCCUCCAUGAGCUCCCCCACAAAGAGGAGGAUCAGGGGCGUCCCCUGGAGGAGGAUCUGUUACCCCACAUGUUCCUGCCGCCAGAUAGUCUGGAGCUGCUGGAAAAAGCGGAGAGGAAAAUGCUGAAGAAGAAGAGGAGGAACAAGCAGAAGAAGCAGCGGCACCGACAUUUUAACGACCUCUGGGUUCGCAUCGAGGAGAGCACUAUGGUCCAGUCCCCGCCUCCCCCGCUGGUUCGCAUUAUCAAUGGUUACAUCACAGUGCAGCCACCUGACAGAGUCCACAGCCACUACAACCACCACCACCACUUACCGUCAGCAUCACCCACCUCCUCCUCGCCCUCAUCGUCUUUGCUUGUCUUCCUCUGCACAUUGCUCACAGCGAUCCCACAGACCUGGAGUGUGUUCCUUUAG